GUGUCCCGGUGUCCCCAUGGCGUGUCCCCUGGAGCAGGCGCUGGCCGUGAUGGUCGCCACCUUCCACAAAUACUCGGGGAAGGAAGGCGACAAGUACAAGCUCAGCAAAGCCGAGCUCAAGGAGAUGCUCCUGAAGGAGCUGCCGAGCUUCAGCAAACAAACCAGCGAGGCCAGUUUACAGCAGCUGAUGAGCAACCUGGACUGCAACAGCGACAGCGAGGUGGAUUUCCAGGAGUACGUGACCUUCCUGGCCUGCCUGGCCAUGAUGUGCAACGACUUCUUCCAGGACCUGCCCGACAAGAUGCCACGCAGGAAGUGAGCGCGGGGGGUGGGAGGGGAGAAUCUUCCCCCCUCCCCACGCCUCCCGACCCCUUUUUUACCCCCCUUUGUCCUCCUGAUGUCAUUUCAAUAAAUAGAGAUUUCAGUCGA